AUGGGGAAACGUAUCAUUGUCACCGGCGGCUCAGGCAAAGCCGGCCAACACAUAAUUUCAUACCUUCUCGACCAAGGCCAUGACAUUCUAAACCUGGACUUAGUCCCCCUCCCGGCACACCUAGCCGACCGCGUCCACACAAUGCGCGUCGACCUCACAGACGCAGGCCAGGCAUACAGCGCAUUCGGCUCCCACUUCCACCUAACAGAGCCAUUCCGUGAACCACUCGGCCUAGUCCCGGACGCAGUAAUCCAUCUAGCCUCAUACGCGCGCAACAUGCUAGUCCCCGACACAGAAACCUUCCGCUGCAACGCAACAGCCCAAUACAACGUUAUCGAAGCAGCCUCAAGACUGAACAUCAAAAAGAUCAUCUUAGCCAGCUCGGUAUCCGUCUACGGAAUCGCAUAUGGCGAGGGCGAUCUCGCGUACCCCUCUUUCCCUGUUGACGAAGACGUCGACGCAAACCCGAUGGAUACGUAUGCCAUCUCGAAAAUGUGUGGAGAGCGUAUCGCGCGUGGCUUUGCGCGGAGGUAUAACUCCGAUAUCUACGUUUUACGGAUUGGACGUAUUGUUGCACCGGAGGAGUAUAAGGAGGAGAUGUUUGAUUCUUAUGUUAAGAAGCCGGAGGAAUGGGCUGUGCAUGGGUGGUCGUACACUGAUACGAGGGAUUUGGGACAGAUUUGUGAGCUUGCGGUUAACAAGGCUGGGCUUGGGUUUCAGGUUUUCAAUGCGGUGAAUGAUGAGAUCACGAAUUAUGAGCCUUCUACUACGGAGUUUUUGAAGCGUGUUGCGCCGAAUACGCCGUUUACGAGGGAGAUGGGGGCGAGGGAGGCUCCUAUUCCUAAUCGGAAGAUCAAGGAGUUGUUGGGCUUUCGACAGAACCAUCCUUGGCAGAAGUAUUAUGAGUGA